CUGCACGUCCCCGAGUAGGACGCUGUCCCUUAUUCUGCUCGUCGGGUCCCGCCGGGUAAGUCGAAGUCCCCCGAUGGAGGGAGGAAAAUCCUCUUGUUUGUGAAUGUUGCACACUUCUAAUCCUUUAAGGCGACUCAGCAGACCGCCUUCCCAAAGUGUGAGAAGGUGCAGAUGCCGCCGUCAUGACGACUUUCGGCAGGUCACGGUUGAGAUUUUCUUUUUUUUUCUUUUCUUUUUUUUUUGGGCAGGUUGAUUUGAAGAUCGUCGUCGGCCGUCAGCAUGGGCUUCAGCGAGCUGCUGGACGAGGAAGUUGUAGUGAUUGAUCUGGAAGUUGUAAUCCUGGCUGGAGGUCAACUUGCACGUGUUAAAUCUCCUGGGGUGUGAAACCUAUCAGAUGGGUGGUUUCGGGCGGUACCAGUGGCUCCACGUGACCCUCAUCAGUUUCCCAGGCCUGUUGAUGGCGAGCCAGAACCUCCUGAACAACUUUGUCUCGGGAACGCCGUCCCACCAUUGCACCCUUUCGGCCAAUUACAGCCUCUGGAACAUCACGGAGCAGGUGGACCGCCAGGAGUUGUUGAAGGCCUUCAUCCCGCCGGACUCUUCGGGAACCAGACUCGACCGCUGCAGGAGGUACGUGACGCCUCAGUGGGAGAUGCUAACGGCUAACGGCUCAGUUAACUCCAGCCACCUUCAAACCGAAGACUGCGUGGAUGGCUGGACCUUCGAUGGCACGGAGUUCCUCGCGACCACCGUUUCCGAGUGGGAUCUGGUGUGCAACCUGCGGCCCCUCAAGCAGAUGAUCCAGACGGUGUACAUGGGUGGCGUCCUCGCGGGGGCCGUCAUCUACGGUGGCCUGUCCGACAGGUUUGGGCGGCGCUCUGUCCUCAUUUGGUCGUACCUGCAGCUGGGCGUCUUGGGCUCCUGCUGCGCGCUGUCGCAGUCGUACUCCGUUUACUGCGUGUUCCGCUUCCUGAGCGGCAUGGCGGUGUCCGGCAUCAUCCUCAACUCCGUCUCCCUGAAGGUGGAGUGGAUCCCGACCAAGACCAGGACUCUGGUGGGCACGCUCACCUCCUUCUACUUCACCUUUGGUCAGCUUGUCUUGGCGGGUCUGGCGUAUUGGCUGAAGGACUGGAGGAAGCUGCACCUGGUGGUGUGUGCUCCCCACAUCCUCUUCUUUGCCUACAGCUGGUGGUACUCCGAGUCGGCGCGGUGGCUGAUCCUCAGGCGACGAUCGCAGGACGCGUUGAAGACUCUCCACAGGGUUGCUCGCAUCAACGGAAAGACCGAAGUGCUGGACAAGCUGACUCUGGAGGUGCUUCACUCCCACAUGAGCAAGGAGCUGGAGUCCAAUCGUAAGAUGCUGACCGCCUACGACUUGCUGAGGACGCCGGCCAUGAGACGCAUCUCUGUCGGCCUCGUUGUCGUCUGGUUCUCCACCAGCUUCGCCUACUACGGCCUGGCGAUGGACCUGCAGAAGUUCGGGGUGAGUAUUUAUGUGAUGCAGCUCAUCUUUGGGGCUGUGGAUUUUCCUGCCAAAUUUUUGGCUCUGGGCAUGCUCAGUUUCCUCGGGAGGAGGCUGACUCAGGCCCUCUGCCUCUUCAUGUCCGCCCUCGUCAUCUUCGCCAACAUCUUCGUCCCAAUGGACAUGCAGGCCGUCAGAACCACGUUAGCGUGUCUCGGUAAGGCCUUCACAGCGGCGUCCUUCACCACUGUCUACUUGUAUACCGGAGAACUUUACCCCACCAUCAUCAGGCAAACUGGAAUGGGUCUGGUAUCCACCAUGGCCCGGGUGGGCAGCAUGGCGGCACCCGCCGUCCUCAUCCUGGACGAGGUAUUCCCCGCGCUGCCCAGUGUGGUGUACGGUGGGGCGGCUGUGCUAGCUUCGGGCUUCGCAUGCUUCUUGCCAGAGACGCUCAACGUUUCCCUGCCGGACACGGUCCAAGACGUGGAGGAGAGAUGGGCUGGGAGAAUCCGCGCUGACCAGAAGAAGAAGAAGAAGGAGGAGGGCGGCGGCGGCGCGUCCUCAGAAGACGAGCAAGUGGCGUUGUCUUUAAAACAAGUUAAGGAAGUUGAAGGGAGCGGUCUCAACGCCCUCUGACCAAUCACAGGUCACGCCCUCGCCACCCCUUCGCAGACUUGAUCGUUCGGUCCGCACUUUUUUUUUUUUUUGUUACACGGCAAUCAUGUGACUUGUGUAUUUAUAAUUGUUACACAGUCGCGCAUGGAUUUUAUGAAUUUGAAAUGAUUAAUUGGAGGCCUUGCCAAUGUGCUCGUACAUAAACACAACGAUAAAUGAUCGCCAUGGAGACACCGUCGUCGGUUGAAUUUGCAAAUGUACUGCAAUCCUCUUGGAUGUCCGCAAACUAGUUGAAAUAAAAGAACACGUGAAAG